UCUUCAUCAGAAGUAGCAUCCAGCCCGUGACGCCUGCCCACACCUUAUCCGACUCCUCCCCAGCCGUAGCCUAUUGUAAAGAUGGCGUCCAUCAUGGAGGGGCCGCUAAGCAAGUGGACUAACGUUAUGAAAGGUUGGCAAUAUCGUUGGUUCGUUUUGGACUACAAUGCCGGUUUACUGUCAUACUACACGUCAAAGGACAAGAUGAUGCGAGGAUCCAGAAGAGGCUGUGUGCGACUCAGGGGAGCUGUGAUAGGCAUCGAUGACGAGGACGACAGCACAUUCACCAUCACUGUGGACCAGAAAACUUUCCAUUUCCAAGCCCGAGAUGCAGACGAGCGGGAGAAGUGGAUCCACGCCUUAGAAGGAACUAUCCUCCGUCACACCCUCCAACUCCAGGAGGCCGAGACAGGAUUUGUUCCGAGUGUUCAAGACUUUGACAAGAAGCUUGCUGAAGCUGACGCCUACCUACAAAUUCUGAUUGACCAGUUAAAGCUGUUUGAUGAGAAGAUCAAGGACUGCAAAGAGGAUGAAUCACGCAGAAAAAUUGAAAAUUUGAAGGAGACUACUUGUAGCAUGGUAGAGUCCAUUAAGCACUGUAUUGUACUGCUGCAAAUCGCCAAGGACCAAAGUAACGAACAGCAACACGCAAACGGACUUAUAAGCACCAUCAACCCAGUGGAUGGGAUCUACCAGCCCCCUCUGGACACUCCUGUAGACAACACCACGAUGCCAACACAGACCACACUACCCACAGACGCUUCUCAGGUGUGUAAAUCAGACCAACGACCCUCCACAUUACUCGUUGGUCCCGUCGUCACAGUGAUGGGAAGUCUGCAGACCCCAACUCCCAACAGCACAGGGAGUGGCCCAUCAGGCCCCAGCAGCGGCGUCGCCUCCCCAGCUCACAUCCCCCUCCCUUCACACUCAGUGCCGGACUUCUCCUAUUCCUCCAGCGAGGAUGAGUUCUACGAUGCUGACGAGUUCUACCAGAGUAGCACUUCCCCCAAACACUGCAAAGAUCCUUCAGGGCCUCCAGCUGCCUCGCCCCUCAAUAAUGAAGAAACAGCGUUGAAACGACCAGACACCACCGAAUCCCUCAACUCAUCCAUGUCCAACGGCACCACAGAUGCAGACCCGUUUGAUAGCCACGAUGACCGUGAUGACGACGGUGAGGGCGAGUCUGUGGAGGAGCACAAGAGCGUCAUCAUGCAUCUUCUCUCUCAAGUUCGUCUGGGCAUGGACCUCACGAAGGUGGUCCUGCCUACCUUCAUCCUAGAAAGGAGAUCUUUGUUAGAAAUGUACGCAGACUUCUUUGCACAUCCCGACUUAUUUGUAAGUAUCGCUGAGCAGCCGGAGCCCCGGGAGCGCAUGGUACAUGUGGUGAAGUGGUACCUGUCAGCUUUCCAUGCAGGGAGGAAAGGCUCCGUGGCCAAGAAACCUUACAACCCAAUCCUGGGAGAAGUCUUCUACUGCCACUGGGAUCUACCCAGCGAAACAGAGGAGCCUUCCCCACACACGGAGACGGUGUCUGACGGUCCAGUUCCGUGGUCUUCAGCCAACAGUGUGCGUUUUGUGGCAGAGCAGGUCUCUCACCACCCACCCAUUUCUGCAUUCUAUGCAGAGUGUUUAAGUAAGAAGAUCCAGUUCAACGCUCAUAUCUGGACUAAGUCUAAAUUCUUAGGCAUGUCCAUAGGUGUCCACAAUAUUGGCCAAGGUUGUGUGUCAUGUUUGGAGCACGAUGAACAUUACAUCCUCACCUUCCCCAAUGGAUAUGGCAGGUCGAUUCUGACUGUUCCGUGGGUGGAGCUGGGUGGGGAGUGCAACAUUUCCUGCUCUAAGUCAGGCUACAGUGCUAACAUCGUGUUCCACACCAAACCCUUCUACGGAGGAAAGAAGCACAGGAUCACUGCUGAGAUUUUUCCACCUAAUGAUAAGAAGUCUUUCUGCUCCAUUGAAGGAGAAUGGAAUGGGGUGAUGUAUGCCAAGUGGGCAACUGGAGAGAACACAGUGUUCAUAGACACUAAGAGGAUGGGCAUCAUUAAGAAGAAAGUGAGAAAGCUGGAAGACCAGCUCCAGUUCGAGUCCCGAAGAUUGUGGAGAGAUGUGACGUUGAACCUGAAGAUGAAAGACAUUGAUGCAGCAACAGAAGCCAAACACCGGCUGGAGGAGAAACAGAGGGCCGAGGCCAGAGAGAGGAAGGAGAACGAGCAGCAGUGGGAGACCAGGCUAUUUCACGAGGACGGGGAGUGCUGGGUCUAUGAUGAGCCUCUAUUAAAGAGAUUAGCCUCUCAGAGGCACUGAGAAGACUACGUACGCUCUGAUACACAUAGAUACAUAUGCAUAAAGAAAUGCACACACAACAGAGUCUUCAUAAGAACUCUUUUGCAAAACCACUUCUUUUCCAAGCCUUGGAAUGACUGAAUGAUUGAAUAUGUACACAGCUUUGCAUUUGACUGUAAAAUAACAAUAUGGACAUGAAUGAAAUCAAAUGGAAAAGCAUCUAAGAUGUAACAUAAAUGAGUAAAGUUCCUCUCCUUAUUUGGGCAACGUCACUUCCACCGCCACCGAUGCCCACCACCCGCCAACAUGAGACGCGGUAGCGCAGAGUGGGGACGGGAGGGUCGACACGUCUCGUCUCACAACUCUGUCCGUCAGCUUCACGACCACACCCUUCAUCAGCUCCACAGGACGAGCCAGAGCAGCACUCGUUUCCCUACACAAAUGGGUUUUUGGGGUGGGGGGGCAAGGGGUGUGUGGUUGAUGGUGUUCAAAUCAAAUAAACAAAUAAAACGGCGCUCUACAUCUCAGGGAAUCUGGUGACUGAGGAAUGAAAGCUGCUGCCCCCUCUGACAGCCUUAUAAUGGUGGAAUGGAUGAAUCUUAAAGGGGCGGGGGAGAAAUUCUCCGCUUGCCUGCAAGUAAUUGUAACUGUUGUUUAUAUAUAGAUAUACAUAUGAUGGAUAUAUAAAUAUAUAUUCUUUUUUUUUUUUUCAAUGCUCUUUUUUGUUUCUUUCUUUCUGGCAAUAGUGUAAAAUAGUUGAGGACAUGAACUUGAUGGCUUUACAUCUUUAGGAAUCAUUCCAUUUACCCUUUUGAUGUUUUGUUCCCAUUUCAAAUUAACUUUGCCACCUAUUUGGUCCUUCACACUGUUCUGUGUCUCAAGUGUUAUCCAGAUGCAAAGCCCUACGUAAGCCAUAGCAUCUGAACACACUGAUUGGGAGAGUUGUGAUAGAGUUAUGGGAUAUAUGCAAAUAUAGAGAUCGUUGACAUUGCCUGUCAAAGGACAAAUUUGGGUGUCCAUUAUGCCAAAAAGGUUUAGAUAAAAGGCUAAAGGGACUGGACAGAGAACAAACAAUCCUCUGAAAAUGUUUUCAUGUUACUUGAAGGCAUUUAUGAACAAAUGAUUGUGUACGUAUUUUUCUCUUUCUGGGUCGUUGGUCCAGGACUGAGUCUGUAAAGUCUCCCUUUUGUUCCGCACAGCACCUGUCCUUGUUUCCUCUUCAAACCCACAGAUGUCGGCGUGGACCACCUUGAUGGUUCACUCUUGGGUUGUCAGAGGGUGAGGAGAGUGAAAACGAGGAGCCAGAGUAGACUUUUGAAACACUGCUGCCGUUUCAUAGUGCUGCUGGAGUCCAGGCUGUGCUCUACCGGUUCAGUUUUCUUGUAAACUUAAUGUUUUUGUCCAAUGUUUUUCAAGAUAACGACCACAUAGAGGGCAAUAUUUAUCCUACUGUACACCUCUGCUUUUUUGAACCAUCAUUCAUUCUGUUAUUUACAGCUAAAAUAGGUUGGAUCUAAAUGCAAUGAUAUUUGGAUGAAAUGCAGAAAUAAACAAUUUUCACCUGAAAA